AUGGCCAUCGAUAUUGUAAGCCUGGGAGUGCUGAACAGCCACAAGGAGGUCAAUUUAGCAUUCAUCAGGGUUUCGCGGCCCGGAAUGGACAUUUGUUUCUUUCUUCUUGAACUACCAUCAACCUUUUCACACACACAAACAUGCGUGCUGACGAUUUGGGAAGUCAUUCAAGAAAAUGAAUAUUUGACAGAUUUGAAGAAAGUUCUCAAGUACAGUGGACCAGGUGCUCGCAAGCUUUUGGACGACAAGGAGAAAAAGUUGACAUUCUUAGCCCCAGUCAACUGGCACCACGAUCGUCACAAGGACGAAGAAAUGAACUGGUUCAAACUUGGUCAAUGGAACAAUAUCGAAAAGACAAUCAACAUGUUUGAGAAUGAACAACCAAGCACUUUCGAAGACGAUAAAGAUAAAGAACGUAAACGUAAAUGGUUAGCAUUCAUCAUUGAUGCUACAUUGAGAUAUCAUGUUAUCGAAGGAAAAGAACCUUUGAACACAUGGCAUAUCACACAAAACAGUUCAGUAGCAACUGAUUUGACAAUCGGCAAAGGCAAAGCACGCGAUGUCUUGGGCAACUUGAUGGACGGCUUCCCUUACCGUUUACGAGUCGGCAAGAGUUUGCUCCCUCGCCCUUCCCUCUACUUCAACUUCUAUUCCCGUUUGGUGUACCCUGACGUAAACGUUGGUGGUUCUUUGGUUCAUGCUGUUUCCUUGCCCUUGCUCAUUCCACCAUCUGCUAUGCAAACUUUGUACUUUAGCGUUCCGGAAUUAGCAGGUACAGUAUCAGCAUUGCAAAAGACACACACAGAUGGCUACUUCCGAUUGCCAAUCAAUCAUUCGGCCAUCGACCAUGAAUACUCUCCUUUCGGUCGCAGUGCUCACUGCUCACCAAUGGAGGCUGCAGAAAGACUAGAACACAUGUUCGGCCAAGUGUCUGUUGAUGAGAUCGAAGCUUUGGACGCUCAACGUCAUACCCAUCACCGUGACGAAGAUGGCAGUCCUCAUCAUGGCGGCAGAAAGGGUCACUCCGCACCAGGUCAACCUGAUGUGACACUCUUUGCACCUGACAACCUUGCUUGGUACCGUUUACCUCCAUUGUUGCGUAUCUUCUUGUGGUCUCCAUACGGCUCAAAAGUGUUGGGUAAAGUGUUGGCCUUGCACUCUUUACCAAAGACGAUCUUCUAUGCAGACUUUGUUCACACCCGUGAUGACAAAUUCCAAUUCCAAUCCAAGGAGACUAUCUCCGCACAUGAUUUGGUCAAUUCACCUGAAUGGUUGUGGGGUCCAACAUCCGAACAACCAAGUGUGCCUUUCGGUGAUGCCGAAGUAACACGUUACACAUUCAACACAGCUUUGCCCAAGAUUCAUCACAAGGAUCCAAAAGAGGGCGGUAUCACUCUUGACAAAAUGGAAUUCGAGACCGUAGACGUUGCUGUCUAUCGUUACAAGAUCUUGCCUGGUGGUCGUGGCCCUUUGCAAACCCGUGUAAGCGUUCAAGGUGUACCUGUCGUAUUCCAAGAUAUUGCUGUUGCCAAUGGUGCUUUGCACGUCAUCAGUCGCUUCAUCAAGCCAAAAGGUCACCCCCACAAGGGUAUUUGGGCUUAUGCAUCCGAAGAAGCAAGUAAGUUCGGAUUUGGUGAUGGCGAUUUAGCCGCUCAAAUGCUCUAA